GUCGCGCGAUGGACCACAAACGCAAGGCGAGCUCCUCUGGGGCUGGCAUCGCGGACGGCGAUGACCGGGCCACAAAACGACUAAAGACGCCAGGACAACCGUCCGAUUACAACCUCCUGCAAGGCGAGACACGCGAAUCCACGACCGCUUAUGGCCUACACUUUCUUGAAACGAUUCGGAGGACAAAGGACAAAAGCGGCCGUCUUGUGGCGAGUUACUUCGAGAAUCUCCUCCCUCGGGAGACGAACAAGGAGUAUUACGAGCGCAUCCGCAUGCCAAUCUCUCUCAAAACCAUCGAGAGAAAGCUCCAUAACCAGGAUUUCAAGAACCUGUCCGAGCUCGAGAGCUAUUUCAAGCGCAUGGUGACCAAUGCGAAAGAAUUCUACCCCAAGAAUUCGGAGGUCUUUGAAGAUGCGGAGCGCGUGCGGAAAGCGUUGAGCAACUACAUGACCAAGACGAACCCGGCGUACAAACUUAUUCCCGGCUACAGCUGUCAAGCAACCCCGAUCCCCAAUGAUCUGCAGCCUGAACCAGAGGUGGCAGCUCUCACUGCCACGGCGGAACGCACGGAAGCUGAGAACCAAAAGGCUGGGAACCAGGACGCCGAGGGAGAAGAGGAUGCGCAGGGCGAGGAAGACGCUGACGGCGAAGAGGAUGAAGACGAGGAUGACGGGAGCUCGAGAAGGAUUGUCCUCAAGAGGAAAGGGCCCGGCCGUCCUGCCAGGGCCGGGUCGGAACAAGCCAGAAAGUUGGACAAGAGCGGGAGGGUCAAAGCCGACCACGAGUACGAGGGGGUGCCGUACAAAGGGCUCACCUUCCAGCAAGCCCAAGAAAAGAUUGUCGAGGAGCUGAUCCGGAAGCCUGACGAAUCGGGGGACCCGUACUUCCUGGACUUCAUCAACCUGCCGCCACGCAGCUACAAGGACUAUUUUGCCGUCAUCACAUCGCCCCUCUCCCUGAAGGGAUUGCAGAAGCUGGUCAAGGGUAUCCAUGGCCGGCAACCUGCGACCGGCGUUAGCGACUUCAAGAGCUGGGCAGCGUUUGAAGAAAAGGCGAGCCUGCUCUGGACCAAUGCGCACUUCUACAACGAGGAGGGGAGCGUUAUCCAUACGCUAGCGACAGAGCUCAAGAACUGCUUCGAAGCCGAGCUGAACGAAGCAAAGGCCGUGGUACAGGAGCCGCCUCAGCCCAAGAUCAAGCUGAAGAUGACUCCUGGCCAGGAAACUCCGGUGCUCGGCUCCAAAAAGAUCACAAUACACGUCGGGGGGUCCAGGAGCAGCACAGCGGCCCCUUCUCCUGCGCCACCAACAGGCCGGUCAGGCGAUUCAGGCGGUACUGACGGUAACCGCGCCCUUCCUCCGGCGAACACGGCGGCCGCCGGUUUUCAGGGCGACAGUGCCAAGACGGUGCCCGGCGCCGUGGCUUCUCCACGUCCCGCGGUUGCAGGCGCCCAGCAAGCCGCAGGGCCGAAUGGCAACGUGCCAGGUGCCGUCAAUGGUACAGACGGAGCGGGGGCUCCGGGGCAGUCCUUCCAGCAGCCCCCCCCCGGUCAACAGUUGCAGAAUGGCCAUGCACAAUCAGGACCGACACCGGCUCCAGCGCCACCCAUCUACGACUUCAAGUAUCGUGCUCCCGGUAGAGGUGUUGCCGAUGCUCUCCUGCCGAGCGUUUUGAUCCGGACACAUCCUACCCUCGUCAUAGACCCCAAGUUCAGACUCGAAAUCCCCGCCCACCCGAAGGAAGCGCACCAGAACCUCACGACGCACAUCCCAGCCACCCACAGCCGCUUGCAGCUCAUCCCGCGCCUGGCCCCGUUUGAGCAGCAGGGACGGCAGUACCGCAUGUUCGUGACGGUCAACGGGCAGACGAUUGGUAGAGCCCCUCCUGUGCCCGCUGACGACGAUCCGCUGCCUCCCAACCCGAUCGUUUUCGACUUGGUUCUGCAGCCCGUCACGAACAUCAUCGCCGUCACGGUCAUUGCCAGCCUCCCCAAGGGGCAGAGGCUGCCAAAUGGCGCAGACUGCGAGGUCGAGAAACUCGUCCUCAAUGUGCAGCUCCUCAGGGUAUAG